GGAGGCGCUCCUUGUUCUCAACCAUCAUUGUUUGACUGACCUUUUCUUAUUCCUGCCCUUGCUUUCCUGGUCCUCUUGUACAAUCAUGGAGUCCGUCGUACUGGAAACUAGUCUCGGUGAUGUUCAGCUGGAACUUUACUGGGACCAUGCUCCGAAGACCUGUAAAAACUUUGCAGAGCUGGCCAGGAGAGGGUACUACAACGGUGUCAUCUUCCACCGAAUCAUUGCAGACUUCAUGAUACAGACGGGUGACCCGACCGGAACUGGUCGUGGCGGCACGAGCAUUUACGGCCAAAAAUUCGAGGAUGAAAUACACCCCGACCUACGCUUUACCGGCGCAGGGAUCCUGGCAAUGGCCAACUCUGGGCCGAACACCAACGGCUCGCAAUUCUUCAUCACUCUGGCUCCGACGCCAUACCUUGACAAGAAGCACACCAUCUUUGGGCGAGUGAGCUCGGGUAUGCGAGUCGUGCAGCGCUUGGGAGCUGUCGCGGUCGAUGCGCAAGACAAGCCUAGGGAGGAUGUGAAGAUACACAAAGGUCGCGUAGUGUAGUAUAGCGCAACGACAAAUGCAUUGGUCCCGAACGAUGUGCAAGCUUGGGAGCCCGCAUAGUCCCAGAC